AUGUGAACUCGAACGAGCAGCAUUAUCUAUAAAGGUAAUGGAUUUCGACGUUCAGCUACCAAGCAAUCCGACUGAACGUCGACGUAUGCAGAAUCGUCUGGCCCAGCGCAAGUUUCGUCAAAGAAAAAAGCACACCACUGCUAGUGCCCAAAAUGGUGUGUCCUUCACCUCGCCAGUUCCUCCCGGCAACCCUCGAGACCACGCAGCCACAAAUGCUGCAUUUUCAGACAUCAAUCCAACCGCAAUCGAGAGCCUUUUGAGCUCUAGUAGCGACCAUAGACCUCAGCUAGAUUCCCCAGACAUAAAUGCAUUGGCAAAUAUCAUAUACGUGCCGGGCGAUCUAUCGUCAUCGGCACUACAUAUUCCCUUACCGCAAACCACACAUGGCCCCAGUACAAAUUCCAGUGUCUCGAAUGGAGUUGAGCAAAUGCCGUUAUCGCAUAUUUCAACUCCAGUUCCUAGUAUACAGUUGGAGUCGUGCUUGACGCAACUACCGCCGGCCAAACCAUCUCCAAUACACGACACUCUAUUCGACCUCAUAACAUCGGCUCAGAGCGACAAAGGAUGGCUGAGCACACUACAUAUUGCAGCACAGAAGGGUCACGAUAGAAUUAUUGCUGUGCUGCUGAAGCAGGGGAACAUGGAUCCAAACAAGCAGGAUAGUGACGGACGUACACCCCUAGUGCACGCAGUGGUGGAAGGACACGAGCCCGUGGUAAAACUACUACUCGAACAUGGAGCUCGGAUCGGAAUUCCAGACUGUGAUGGGCGAUCAGCAGUUCAUUGGGCUGUGCUUCAUCGCCGUGAAGAUAUUCUGCGAGUAUUAAUGACUCAUCGAGCCGAGCAUGAGCCCGAUGUGGAUAUCAAUGCCUACGAUAAUUACGACUGGACACCACUUCAUAUGGCAGUCAAUCGGGGGGUAGAAUCGGUUGUGGUGCUCUUGAUAGAGUGCGGGGCGAAUAUGGAUGCAAUGGCAAAAAAGUGCCCUUUUUCAGGGACUGUGAUGCCACUCAUUGACCUCGGACCUUGAUGGAGAUCCAGGCUGAAGCAGGGUGAAUAUUGUGGAAUAAAUGUCAUCCCCAUCACUAUCUCACAUGUUCCUCUCUCCCAUCAUACAGCCACAUCUUCCCGCUGUGAGUCUUCAGAGUGGAGGUAUCAAUCAGCUUCAAUAAUCCUUGUACACUCUCAUCAAUCGUGAUAGCGGCCUUCUCCAAAC